CAUGCUGCUUUUAAAAUAUUAAAUGAAUAGAAACUUGAGCAUUUCUCACACUGGAGUUGAUCCCUGGCAGUGUGGAGACGAAGUUUAACUCAGCAGUUAAUUGAAAUUCAGAGAUCUUCUUUUUUGGCUUGUGGUCAUAAUCUUAAAGAUUAGUGGGGGGUUUACAUGCCCUGACAGUCAGGGAGAUCUGCGGGUGUAGAGAGUCUUUAAAUUAACCCGAUCAAUCAACUCAAACCACAAGCUCCCCAAAUCCCCGCCCCGCUGCGCGCCUGCGCAGAGCCGCGUAAACCGGAGCUGUCCGCGUCAGUCGGUGCUGGAGGUGUUCUCGUUGCAGCUGCUUCUCUCUCGCCGGUCCACCGAAACACAGACGGGAGCGAUGGAGGAAGAGUUAAAAUGCCCCGUGUGCGGUUCUCUCUUCAAGGAUCCGAUCCUGCUGCCGUGCUCCCACAAUGUCUGCCUGGCGUGCGCCCGCAACAUCACCGUGCAGACCCCGGAGGGAGAGACCCCGGUGCAGAGCCGAGCGUCGGGCAGCUCUGACUACGACUACCUGGACAUGGACAAGAUGAGUCUGUACAGCGAGACGGACAGCGGGUACGGAUCCUACACGCCGUGCCAGCUCAAGUCUCCAAACGGGGUGCGGGUGUUUCCUCCGGCCAACCCGCACCGGCACUGCUCGCUCACUUGCCCGCUGUGUCACAGGAGCGUCUCCCUGGACGAGCGGGGUCUCCGGGGUUUCCCUCGGAACCGGCUGCUUGAGGCCAUCGUGUCUCGGUACCAGCAGAACCGCGCCGCCUCCGCGUCUUCUUCCUCCUCCUCUUCUUCUUCAUCCUCAUCCACCGCGGUGAAGUGCCAGCUGUGCGACCGCAACCCGGUGGACGCGGCGGUGAUGUGCGAGCAGUGCGACGUCUUCUACUGUAACGCCUGCCAGCAGCGGUGCCACCCGUCCCGCGGUCCGCUCGCCAAACACCGCCUGGUGCCGCCGAGGCUUCCAGCGGCGGGCGGAGGUGCGGCAGGCGGAGGAGGGAGCGGUCAGCAGCCGCCCGCCACCGCGCGCAAACCGGCGACCUGCGUGGACCACGAAGCGGAAAACUUCAGCAUGUACUGCUACGGCUGCAAAGCUCCGGUGUGCGUGAAGUGUCUGGAGGAGGGAAAACACGCAAAACACGACGUGAAACCGCUGGCUGUGAUGUGGAAACAACACAAGUGCCAGCUCUCCCAGGCUCUGAACGGUGUCUCCGACAAAGCUAAAGAUGCCAAGGAGUUCCUGGUUCAACUCAAGAACAUGCUUCAGCAGAUACAGGAGAACGGCGUGGAGUUCGAGGCUUGCCUCGUGGCACAGUGCGACUCUCUGAUCGAGGCGCUCACCAGACAGAAAGCCAAACUGCUGACCAAAGUCACCAAGGAGAAGGAGUACAAGCUGAAGGUGGUGCGCGACCAGAUCACCCACUGCACCAUGAAGCUACGUCAGACCACCGGCAUGAUGGAGUUCUGCCUGGAAGUCCUCAAAGAGAACGACCCCAGUGGAUUCCUCCAGAUCUCAGAUGCUCUGGUAAAGCGGGUGACAUCGUCUCAGGACCAGUGGGUGAAAGGCGCUCUGGAGCCCAAAGUAGGACCUGAGUUUGACCUCACCCUCAGCACCGACUCGCUGCUGCAAACCAUCCUGAUGCUGGACUUCUGCCAGGGCAAAGAUGUGCAGGAGAAACCGUUAUUGAAACAAAUGCAGGCAGCAGACAGUGGUGAGGCUGAGAUGGAAACAGACAGCCCAGGAGUGGAGUCUGGACCCUCGGUGCCGGGGGCUCCACUCCUGCAGCUGGAGAAGUGCUGCACCAGGAACAACAGUGCCACACUGGCCUGGAGGGUGAUUGCGCCCCCUGGCAGCCCCAUCGAGGGCUACAUCCUGGAGCUGGACGACGGCAACGGAGGACAGUACAGGGAGGUGUAUGUGGGGAAGGAGACGGUGUGCACGGUGGACGGCCUCCAUUUUAACAGCUCCUACAACGCCAGGGUGAAAGCCUACAACGCCAUCGGUGUGGGGCCUUACAGCAAGACUGUGGUGCUCAAGACCUCUGAUGCAUCGAGAUUAGCAGGCGGCUGUGGCGUCUCGACUGAUGGCUGUUUCCUUCCUACAGUGGCUUGGUUCACCUUCGACCCCAGCACAGCUCAUCGGGACAUCGUCCUGUCCAACGAAAACCAGACAGUCAGCUGUAACAGCUACGACGACCGCGUGGUGCUGGGAACCGCUGCUUUCUCCAAGGGCACCCACUACUGGGAGGUCAGCAUCGAUCGCUAUGACAACCACCCGGACCCCGCGUUUGGCGUGGCGAGGAUCAACACCAUGAAAGACAUGAUGUUGGGGAAAGAUGACAAGGCGUGGGCCAUGUACGUGGACAACAACCGCUCCUGGUUCAUGCACAACAACUCCCACACCAACAGGGCGGAGGGCGGCAUCGCUAAGGGGUCGACUGUGGGCGUCCUGCUGGAUCUGACCAAACACACGCUGACCUUCUACAUCAACAGGGAGCAGCACGGACCAAUCGCCUUCGAGAGCCUGGACGGGGUCUUUGUACCCGCUGUGAGCCUCAACAGGAACGUGCAGGUGACCUUACUGACGGGCCUGGAGGUGCCAAAGAAUACCAAACAGUAGGAGAUCCUUCCUCCCCCCCCUGAGCGUGCCCUGGAUACAAACCAACGAUGUCAUACACAAGCCUGUGUCCGCUCUCAACACGGACCUUCACGUCAGAUGGGAUUAACCCGUCUCCCAUCCUUCUCAAGGUGCCCUCUGUGUUUGGUACACUUCAAUGUGAAAGGAAUAAAUCUGAGUUAUCAUUGAGCUGCAAAUAAAUUAGAUUGAGCUUGUGGACAUCAGUACAGAGAGGAACUGGAGUUACUGUGGAUCGCCGUACUUUUUUUUUCAUAUCCCCGUUUUUGCCCUGUGAACUUCAAGAUACCGACAACACCAGAAGGAAAACGCAGCCUGAAAUCUCUCCACGAGGCCUGAGACUAAACUAAUCGACCCUCUCUCGACUCCGACACAAUCAGCGGUGAAGAUUCCCACGCUGUGCUAGAAAAUAGGUUUUGCUUUUAAAUUUGGAAACUUUGGCAGAUUUCCUGAGCUCUUCAGGAUGAGGCGAGAAGCCGAGGGAGGGAACGAUGCAGCGGUGGUGGUAUUGUUGCUCUGCUUCUCCCUCUCAGGUGUGUUCGCGGCUUUCAAAAACUAGAUGAAAAGAGUGUUUUGCAGGAGUUCUAGUGGCACCAUGAGACGCUUCACUCAUGAAAAAUUUAAAACUCUCUCUCAGUGCUCAGUCGCUUUUAUCCCCGGGCUGUGGCUCCGGCAGCAACUGCCUUUUCCCCGCCUCACACAAAGUGGCAUCAGGAUUGUUUGGUGCUGUCGUCAAAGAGGUUUACACACUGAGGUGAAACUGGGAACAGUUUGGCUUAAUUCCAUUUCGUUUUUUUCAGUAAUUUGACAGACCCACAGAGCGCGGGAGGGGCCACCCUGCAGGGGAAAUGCUUUCUAUGGGCAUUUUGGUGCGUCUUUUGGAGUCUCGUAUUUGCACUCCACACAUCUAUCUACCUUAGAUGGUAGAAUAAAAGAGGGAGAGACAGAAAACUUCUAGAUUUAUUUGGCCAUCUGAAGUGACUGAAGGAAUAUUUUGACAUUUUUGGAAGUACAGACUGUAAAUAAGUGCAACAUCUUUGUUUUUUCGCAUAGAUUAACUCGAUAAAACAUGAAUUAGAGAUCUUUUGAGGUUAUAGUUGGGUCAUCUAACUCUCGAAGCGAACGUUGAACUAUUUUUUUUUAAACGUAUAGAAACAACAGACAGCCACAUUUCUAGACAAAUGUAAAAAUAUGAAGUUUUUCUUCGUAUUAUUAACCAUUAAGUCUACAUUUGGACAGAAUCUGGCACUGCGAUGAAAACUCAACGACCUGCGGCGUAGAAGUUGAGCCAGAUCCAACUUUUUGGAAAAAGACAAUUAGACGCUCAAACCUCCACAGUCAGCCUGAAAUGUCACUGAAACUGAGGCUGCAGCUCCGGAUUCUGUCUGAAUGUACCCUGUAGCAUGCAUUUCUAGUCUGUAGUGCCCUUAUUAACAGUGCUAAAACCCUUCGGUUAUCAACAUCUGUCAUGUUUUACUGAUAGCAAUGUGUAUUAUUAUGCUAUCAACUAAAUUUACCAUCGUGUUACGUGAUUCUGCAGAUGAGAUUCACCCCUUAACAUCCAGCUUACUUCUUUUAGUGUAGCUGUAAGGUUGUUUAAAUCAUCUGUUUAUGCACCGACUGACUAAUCAAAGCUAUAUGAUGUUUGCACUGAUGAAGUAAUCAAACACAAGACUUCAUUUCUUCAAAUAGAAAUAUUCUUCUAAACUUUCUUCUAAACUUUUUUGAUCUCCACUAGAAUUUAAAGUUCUGCCCAAACUGGCAUGUCAGUGAGGUUAAAACAUUCCCGUAGCGUUUAAUAAAUUGUCAACAGUUUGUUCCUCAUCCUGUUGAAUGACUCAAAGAGUAGUAAACGAGGUUGAUGAACUCCCGGCAGGAGCGUUUCCAGCCUCGAUGUUUCUCCCUGCAGCCUCUCCUCCCUGCUUCUGUCUCAUGAAGAAAUAUUUUGACCUUUUGAGGGAUGCAUGUCAGUAAAUGCUGAAAUGAAAUGGAACUGAGCCAAACUUUACUUUUUGAUUCACCAAGACCGAUAGGAACGACUGUGUGACGCAUCGAGAAGCAGAUGAGCAAAGUGCCCGCGCUGAAAAUGAUCUUGAAGAGUCACGUCAGGUAACGCCAACGUUUGACGCUACAUUUCUCUCAGCAGAGGACAGUAGCUUCGAAACUCAACCAAACCACUGUGACCGAGAACAUAUGAACAUGUUUUAACACACAUUUAACCGUGUAUAUUUGAUCCUAAUGCAGCAGGGGAUGGAGAAGUUUGUUUUUAGGUUAGCUUUUAUUACAAUAUCUGAAAUAUUUCUAUUCCCUGUGCUGCUGUGAGUGUGAGACACGCGUUAUUAGAGGUACAGAUACAGAGAUUUGUCCACAAACUGUAAAUACUGAUAUGUGAGUUAUGAUUACGACAUGUGAUAUUAAGCAUGGAACAAGUUUACAUAUAAAUAUCUGAAGCUGUAUUGUAAAUAGUGUACUGUAUUACUGUCUUUUGCAACAAGUGACGUUAAAGCCAACUGCUACCACAGCUCGCCCUCUGCUGCUGGGCGGCGGCAACAACAACAACAGGAUUAAUGCAUUUCUCAAACUGAUUCUGUUUAUUCAAUAUUAGCCAAUAAUGUUUUCAUACCUUUAAAAAAAAAAAAAUCGCUGACUCUUAAAAACAAAUGUCAGCAAACGUUUUGUCUGACGAGGUCGGCGAUCUCAUUAUCAUCAGCUGUCUCGAGCAUUUUCAAUCAGGGAUUUAAAACAGAAGUCAUUUACAUUUUUAAGUUUUUAUAUUUGAAUUAUUACGAUUGCAGGUCAGCACUUAGAUCUAACUUAACACAAACUUUAUAUUUUCCAGGCGACUGAACAGAUAUUUCUUAUUCCGUCCUAUUUUCAGUGCAGAGGCAGAAACACGAUCAAAUGUGUUCCAGCCAAGAGAUUUAUUUAAUUAUAGAGCAGUGGAACGGUACAAUAAGCUAAUAUAUUUUAAAAUAACUUUGCUUUAUUUAUUUUAACUGACAAAGAAACACGACUUAAGAAUCAUGAUCGAGCCUUUUCUGGAGAUCGGGGAUGCGAUGUACUAAUUUAGUGUUUAUGACAUUUACAUCCCAAAACUGCAAACAUGAAGUAUAUUAGGACACCAGUCCAACUAGGUGUUCUGCACAGAAAGCUACAUUCAAAUGAUGUUGGAAAGAUUCUGUAUAUUUCUAUUAACACAAUGCAUCAAAUGACUGUGUAAUGAGAAAGCAUUUUAUUAAGCGUUUUAGCAUCUUUCAGCUCAUUGUUUUGGUUUCUGGCCUAUAACUUUAACCUUUUGAUUCACCAGAGUGUUGAAGAAGCUUUUAAAAAAAACACUGUACGCAACGUGUCGAGCAUUAAUGAUCAGCCGGUGAUCAUAGUGGAGCAUCUAGCAGCUAAAAAGACCCCUCAGGGGGUGGUGGGGACCAAAAACAGAGCUAAAAGAUGUGAAUGAUGUGGUUACAUUUGAAUCUUCGGCAAAAAACACGACUGUAAAUGCAUGCUGUAGGUUCACUGUAUCAUCAGUAUAUGGUCUAUAAGUCUAUGCUCCAGCAGUGCACUUUUUCUCCACAUGACCUAAAUGCAGCAUUAGUGCAAAAGUCAAGAUUUGUACCCGCUUCUCCCGACCCAGAAAACAAACAUCCAACUAUUUGCCAAAGGGGAUUUUAUUUUCUCCUGACAUGCCCCAGACUACCAGCCACCACCUUGAGGCUACAUCCUGCUGCUCAGCCUUCCCCUCUGACCGUCCUCCCACCUCCCACACUAAGGGGAGAGGUGUAAAGUCAACCUGCCCCGAGGCUGACUCCGCUGUAACCGGGAAUAGAUUUUAAGCCCGUGAGCAAAGUGAGCUGUCUAUCAGAAAAACCACAGGGGAAGUAUAUAUAUAUAUAUUUUUCUUCUUCUUCAGGAAAGUCUGCAGGCUGUGUUGGUGUCAGAAUGUCACGACUGGUGGGAAUAAAAGCUAAUAGAGUUUAGGUAACAGGUAAAAUUAGGUUUUUCCUUUCCGAAUACAGUUUUUUUUCUCUAAAAUUAAUCUAAAAAUAACACUUCAUGUGACAGUAAAUCACAUUUAAAUGAGUCGCACUGUAGUCACUCCUGUCUAGAUGUGGUAUUGUGAGAGUUCUUGGAUGGCAUGUCCCUUUACCCGACACUUACCCACCCACGAAUGUGAGAUAUUUUAACUUCAGGACGCGGUGCUGGAAGACGAAGCAUGUCACCGCGGUUAGCAUUUAAACAAAUGUCAGAUUUAUUUACUCUAUAAAGUCUGUAAAUAUAUUUAAUGACAUUUAUUUUCUUUUGUAUAUUGCCCUCUUGAGUUUGUUCAGUUGAAUGGAUACCGAUUAUAUAAAUAUAUAUAUACCGUCUAUGGUCGAUUUCCACGGGUUGCAGUUUAAAAAAAAAAAAAAAAGGUUUGCCAGCUACAGAAUCUCAGAUUUGCUUACGGCUUCUUGAAAACGUGACGUGCUGCAGAUAAGCUUCACAUUUCCUCAUCGUGCUCUUCAUGUUUCGAACGUAUAAAUAAAUAA